UGCUUUGAGUCUGACAAAGAAAAUUGAAAUUUCAUGAACCAGCUUUGCAAUUUCGAAACUUUUGGUGUUGUGUACAUUGCAAAGUCACUACAGUAGAAAGUGGAGGAUCGUGUGUGUUUUUUCCUUAGUCGUCGUGGGCAGACGUGAGGUCUGCUUGUAGACCACGAUGGAAGCGAACAGUAGCAUGAACAGCAGCGUGAAUGUCUCUGACAGCAUAAAUGGCACGAAUGGAUCCAGCCUGGCCAGCAGCGGCAUUAUGGUUGCGACCAAGGAAGGAAUAAUCAUUGCUUAUACAGCUCUGGUUGUUUUGGCAGUUCUUCCGAUCAUCAUCGGAUCCAUACGCUCUGUAGAGUUUCUCAAGAAAGCCAGAGUAUCGAAAAAGGCUGGUGAAGAUGUUGACGUAAUAUCCACCAAAGACGCUAUGAUGUUUCCAGUGUUUGCCAGUUGUGCUUUGCUGGGUCUCUAUAUUGUUUUCAAGGCUCUAGGCGAGCAGUAUGUCAACUGGCUGUUGAACAUCUAUAUUUUCAUCUUCAGUUCAUUGGCUCUGUCCCGUGCUUUGAAUGUCAUCCUCCGUCCCAUUCUGUCGAAGCUGGUGCCGAAGCGCUCGUUCUACUUCCUGGUGGCGGAGAUGGAGCCAACCCAGCAAGGAGAGCUGCGCAAGCAAAUCUAUACCGUCACCGGUGCGUUUGACGAGAAGACCAGCAGAGCUGAGAGCUACGCGGAGACUCAGAAAGAACAGGAGGCAGAAGAAGUGGCAGCCGGCAGUCGCAGCUCUGAAUCAGAGUCGGCAGAAACAUCAGACAAGAAAGUUCAGAUCAAAGACCCCAUUGUGGCGGAGGAGUCAUUCGACUUCAUCUCGGUCAUCUGUCUUGUCCUGGCGUUCGGAUUCGGUUGCUGGUACCUCUUCCAAAAGCAUUGGUUUGCUAACAACGUCCUCGCCUUCUCCUUUGCCGUCAAUGGAAUUGAGAUGAUUUCCCUGAAUAAGGUGACUAAUGGUUGUAUUCUGCUCGGCGGUCUCUUCUUCUAUGACGUGUUCUGGGUGUUCGGUACUGAUGUGAUGGUGACCGUUGCAAAGUCCUUCAACGCUCCCAUCAAGUUGGUUUUCCCCAUGGAUCUUUUGGAGAAUGGAUGGUUUGCGAAGAACUUUGCUUUGCUUGGUCUUGGCGACAUAGUCAUCCCCGGUGUGUUUGUGGCUCUUCUCCUACGCUUUGACACCAGUCGUACCCAGGGUGGACGGCUGUACUUUCUCACGUGUUUGUUUGCCUACCUGGUCGGCUUGCUGACCACCAUUUUCAUUAUGCACUACUUCAAGCACGCCCAGCCUGCUCUGCUGUACCUGGUGCCAGCUUGUCUGGGAUUCCCGUUCAUUGUUGCACUGCUACGAGGAGAGCUGUCGCCACUGCUCAGUUAUGAAGACCACGAGUCAGAGACCACAGAUGAAAAGAAGACGAAUUGAGAUAACGCCGAUGGCCUGCCUGCAGUCGGGGUCUAGUCAUGGUUCUGCUGCUGCUGUUGCUGCUGCACUUUGCACUUUGCAGUGUGCACAUAUGACACGCUUGCCGCAUUCUCCUGUCCGAUGUUCAUCGUAACGGCUCUCCGGGCGUGUUACUUUGCUCUGUACAUUGCUCUGUACAUAGUUAUUCAGUUUAUUUCCGAGUGUAGCUCCUCCACGACUACUUUAACCACCAAGCACGAGUACUAUUUUUUCAUUUUCUAUUUUCUGCUUCUAUGUGCAGAAGAGGAUUAAAAAAUGCUUUCCGUUGCAUGUAUAUUUGCGUCGUGUCAUGCAGAUUUGCUAUUAUUUUAAUUGUCCUGUACCAGCACGCUGA